GAUGAAACAAAAAUAAGACUUGUAAUUGGCUUGUAUGUUACAAAACCAUUGCAUGAUUGGGUUAGGGAUAUUGUGGAAAAUAAUACUUUCUGGAAAGAUGUAAAGGCUGUUAUCUUAACAACUGCAAAAUCAAAGUACGAUGUUGAGAUGAAAAUUGAACGUCCGAUGAACCUCAAACUAAAUAAGGAUAAAA